GUCCACUUACUGAACCACUAACCCACCACUGUCCCAGUAUAGGUCAAGCUUAAAUCAUAGUUAGCUUGUUGCCAACAUUUUGGCUAUCUUUUAGCUUUGUGCUGCUACCUUUAAGCUAUUUAUAGAGUUAGUUUGGAGAGAGGAGUAGAAAUAAAAAGAGCGGAGCAUGUUUCCAAAAACAGUCACAACCCCACCUGCCCCUUGGCCCACUCUACUGAUGUUAUGUUACAAAAGCACCCGUGGUUGGGGGGACUGUUGGGGCGACUGUUGGGGCGACUGUUGGGGCGACACGACUGCUGCAGCUCUGGACACCUGCUGCAAAAAUAACCUCAAAUACACCAUUAGAGACCGUCAGCAAUGUUGUCAUCAACUACGCUGCUGAAUGUGUUGCGUCGCAGUUGCUCUGCCGUCACCUCUCACACAGUCCUUAAUGCGGGGUGGUUACCAGAACCUGCCGCAGCAUCGGGGCAGGUGAGGGCGGCGAGGUUGGGGGGUGUGAGGCAGGCAAGCGGGUCAGUCAGUCUGGACUUCAUCAUCAGAGAUCGCUUGGUAUCCUGGGAAUCUUUGGGUAUCUGGGACAACAGGAUAGAAGACCCAAUUGUGCUGCCCUCUAGUGUCAUAAAUGGAACUCCAAUCCCACAGUCACAGGUGAAUCUGUCCCUGGUGGGCUGCUCCUCAGUUCUGGGUCUCAGGAAACAGAACGAGGACCGUCUUCGUGUCGCCCGGCUCCAGGACAACCUGUUGUACUUUGCUGUCUUUGACGGUCACGGCGGUCCACAUGCUGCAGACUUCUGCUACACCUUCAUGGAGAAGUUCAUCAGAGAUGCUUUGGAGAAAGAAGACAAUCUGGAGAAGGUGUUGAAGAAAGCCUUUGUGGAUGUCGACAAAGGCCUUCACACUCACCUGAGUUACUUCAACACAGCUUCCGUCCUCUCUGCUGGAACCACAGCCACAGUCGCUGUGCUGCGUGAUGGGGUGGAGUUAGUGGUUGGGAGUGUGGGGGACAGCCGGGCCGUGCUGUGCAGGAAGGGAGGAGCCAAGAAACUCACUACUGACCAUACACCGGAGCAGAAAGACGAGAGACACCGGAUCUACAGCGCUGGAGGUUUUGUAACGUGGAACAGCGUUGGUCAGGCCAACGUCAACGGGCGCCUGGCCAUGACUCGCAGCAUCGGGGACUUUCACCUGAAAAACAGCGGUGUCAUUGCAGAGCCUGACACACAGCGAGUCCUCAUCCAGCAGACCAAUGACUCCUUCUUGGCUCUGACCACUGAUGGCAUUAACUUCAUGUUGAGUGACCAGGAGGUGUGUGAUGUCAUCAACCAGUGCCAUGAUGCCAGUGAGGCAGCAGAUGUCAUCACUCAGCAGGCCCUACAGUACGGCUCAGAAGACAACGCCAGCAUCAUCGUGGUUCCUCUGGGAGCGUGGGGGAAACAGACAAGUUCUGUCGACGUCUAUAGUGUAAGCAGGAAUUUAGUCUCCAGCGGGAGGUGGGCGUAGACAACAUCAACUAAGCUCCACCCCAAUUCCACCUCUCUGUUAGCUUAAAAUCAGUGUAAAUAAAGUUUUUGUUUAUAGUAA